AAGAGCAGCAUAGCAGAAGAAGAAGAGACUCAAGUUGUGGUAGCAAAGAAUUUGGGUUAUAUCAUAUAUGUCAAACCAAUGAAGACCUCAGAGUUCAUGGAUAAGCAGAUAACAGAACUAUCUAUCUCCCAAACCAAAGAUUUCUCUCAUUUCUCUAGCCUUCUGGAAGGCAGUGACGAAGAAGAUGAUGAUUAUAAUCUCAUUCGUCCCCUCGGGCCUUCACAGUCUCACCUUUCUACUCUCAGAGUAAGAUCUGAGUAUUUGUGUGUGCAGCAUAGGUGUGAGUGGUGGUCUGUCUGUGAAUCUCAUGUGACUACAUUUUUCUAGUUACUUUGUUAGAAUAGAUGAGCGUUGUAGAAAUAAAUGGGGGGUUUUUAUCUAGGAUGAUGACUUUUGGGUUCUUGAUGUUGGUUAGUAAUUGGGUGAACUGAUAGUUAAUGGGUUGAACUUAUUGGUAACUGGGGUUCCAUUUGUGCUCUCUCUCUCUCUCUCUCUCUCUCUCUCUGCGGGGGUGGGGUUGGGGUAGGUGUGCCUGUGAUAGUGGUGUUUCAGUAAUGAUUUAGUCUUGAGCUCUUUUUUUUGGGUCCUAUUAUUGAGCUCUUAUAAUUUGGUGAAAUUUGUUCGUGUUAAUGUGUUCAAGCAGUAGUUGGUGUCCAAAGAAAGUUGUUUGCUAUAUUGCACUGAUAAUUUCCAGGUGUGGGGCAUUGGAUGAUGAUGCAUUUAUAAUCAUAAUUCCGUUAUCUGAAUUUAAGCUCUAUUCAUGUAGACACCAGAUCUGAAGCCAAAAUUCAUUCACUUAUACAGCCCCUCAACCACCAACCCCUCCUGGCAGGCAGUUUUCUUCCUUAUUGUAGUACUUAAUAUGAUUAUUUGUGGAGCUGCAUUCCUCUACCAUUUGAUUUCAUUGGUGGUCCUUGUUACUGAGAUAAUAUCAUCAACUCUCAAACCCAUUGGAGCCACAUGUAAUAGAUUUUUGUGAGUUGCUUUUAAUGUUAAGUUGGACGUCCAAGUUUAUUCUGCUUCCUGUAUCCAUCUGUCUCAUUGCGCAAUUCCAUAUUGAGGGUGGAUAAAGGGUUUAAUUAAAUCACUAUAAACGGGUUCCAAGAGGUGUACUGAGCUUGAAAUUUCUGCUGAGGUGGCGUAUGCUUUUUGGUGUCACUUAUAUUCUCUCUUCAAGUUGUUUUACUGUUGUUGAUGCCUUCCUUUGAGUUGUUCUUCAUGUGUUCUUGUGCUUCUAAAGAGCUGUUUCGAUGAUGCAUUCAGAAUUGCAGUUCUAUGGACCGAAUUCAAUCUGUUGAAGCUGCCCAACAGGAAAUCAGGAACUCCUAUGAUGUGGCGUUAAUUUCCAAUAUUGACCGGAAAAUGAAGGAGCUUUUUGACAAACUGCUACAUUUGAUAGAGGAUCUUAGCCUGAGACUCUCCCAGAUGGAGACUAAAACACACCGGCUUGAGAAUGCCAUAGAUGAUCUAAAGGUCUCUGCUGAAUAUAAUUAUGGGAGGACAGAUGGAAAACUGAGGCAGUUAGAGAAUAUUCUCCAAGAGGUUCAAGAUGGUGUACAGUUUUUAAGAGAUAAACAAGAAAUAGCAGAAACUCAGGUUCAGCUUGAUAAGCUUCAAGUUUCAAAAGGUUCCCUACAAUCAGAAAACAAAAGCACUGCUAAAUCAGCACAGCAAGAAACAUCAACUUCUCCUCAACAGUCUCGCCCGCCAAUUCCGAAUUCUGGUACUCUUCUACUUGAUCAUCCUGCUCUCCCCCCUAAUAUCUCAACUGUUCCCAAUCAAACUACAUUCCCAUCUGCAGCAUCCGUACUAGCACCAGUUUCUCCCCAAAUUCCCCAGAACCAAAUCCCUCCUAUGUUACAGUCUGAAUUUUUCUACCCACCAUCUGGGCAAGCUUCACAAAACCUUUAUCAGCAAUAUGAUAUACCUGCAACUCAGCUGGCACAGCCACCGCCUUCAGCGCCUUACCAUCCAUAUCAGUCGGCCCCUCAACUUCCUCAAGUCUCACACUCUUCCCAACUGCCGCAACUGCAGCUACCUCUUGGUGCAUUUAAUCCUCAGAACCGUCCUCCAUCAGGCUAUCUACGUGAACAAAAGUCGUACCUGACAUCCCAUAUCUACACCCCAAGAAUUAAGGAUUCCUCAUUUCAGCCGGCCGGUGGGGCACCUUCCCAGAAUUUCCACAUGGCUUCCUCUCAGGCUAUGCAGAGUCAACACUUGAAGAGGUCUUGCUCGGAGCUUCCUACCGGGUAUACUCAGACACCUGAGCCUGCUGAGUUCAAUGAAAUGCAUCCUUAUGGUGGAUCUUUUUCGCACUCCAGUAGUUCAACCAUGAGACCCUUACAUCGCUUUACUUCCUCAGCCAUGGAUGAUGGAAUUGAUUAUGAACGACCCCCAAAAGCCCCAGUGAUACCAUAUGCACUGCCAACUGCCUCUAGUGUGGACGGUGGAUCAGGUUCUGGGACAGCUGGAAACAGGCUUCCGAUUGAUGAUGUUGUUGAAAGGGUUACAGCCAUGGGAUUCCGGAGAGACUUGGCAAGAGCGACAGCGAGGAAAUUGACUGAGAAUGGACAGUCGGUGGACCUUAAUGUGGUGCUGGAUAAAUUGAUGAACAAUGGGGAUGGACAGCAGCAGAAAGGUUGGUCAGACAGAUGAUAUGAUUCUCAACUCCUUAUGUUUGGUUUCAUUGUAUACUAAUUUUGGUGUAUAAUAUUACAGUACUCGUGUUUGGUUGUAACAUAUUAUGGUAAUCGUUUGGUUGUACAGUAAGAUCAAAGCGAGAAAGCUAAAACCGUGCCAUCUUUAACCCCAGCUCUAGCUCUAUCUCUUGUUUUAGUUUUGUGCCCUUCAGGCAUCUCUUAAGGGAUGACCAGUAUCUAUAUUCCUUUCUGGUUUGACACCUCUUUGAAACCGAAAAGAGACCUUAGGUAUUGGGCAUACCUUUAACAGUUAUAUUCAAAUCCGUGGUCACCUAGGUCA